AUGGACAAGGUCUCCGUCAAGGGCGCCAACGACGACAACGUCGACAAAACCUCCACAGCAGAAGGCCAGGUCAUCGACCGCAUGCCCGAUUGCCUUCGCGCCCUGAGCGAGGAUGAGAUGAAAGCCCUCAACCGCAAGAUCGUGCGCAAGGUCGACCUGCUGGUGCUGCCCACCAUCGGCAUCCUGUAUAUUUUAAAUUAUAUCGACCGCCAGAACCUCGCCGCCGCAAAACUGCAAGGCAUCAUGGAAGACCUCAACAUGAACGAGCAGCAGUUCGCAACAGCCAUCUCCAUCCUCUUCGUCGGCUACCUCCCGUUCCAGAUCCCCUCCAACCUGCUCAUCACCAAGAUCCCACGCCCAGGAAUGUACAUCUGCCUAGCCGUCGUCAUCUGGGGCGCAAUCUCCGCCGCCACCGCCGCCGUCAGGUCCUACACUCAGCUCCUCGUCGUGCGCGCCAUCCUCGGCGCCGCAGAAGCAGUCUUCUUCCCGGGUGCUAUCUACUACCUCUCCGCCUGGUACACCAAGAUGGAGCUCGGCAAGCGCAUCGCAGGCCUCUACAUCGCGCAACAGGUCGGCAACGCCUUCGGCGGCCUCUUCGCCGCUGCUAUCCUGCAGCUGGACGGCGCCCAUAACAUCGCCGGGUGGCAAUGGCUGUUCAUAAUCGAGGGCUCAGCAACCGUCGGCAUCGGGGUGGUCUGCUCCCUCAUCAUGCCCGAAUUCCCACACAACUCGCGCCUGCUCACGUCGCUCGAACGGUCCCUCGCCGUCUACCGCAUCGAAUCCGAAGCCGGGGCUGCAGAGGGCACAGAACACGAACCUCUACUCAGGGGAUUCCUCAAAGCCCUCCGCGACCCAAAACUGCUUCUUCUCAUCUUCGCAAACAUGCUCUCCCAAACCCAGGGCAGCAUCGCCAACUACUUCCCCACCCUCGUCUCCUCCCUCAACUUCUCGGAAACGGUUUCCCUCCUUCUAACCGCCCCGCCCUAUAUCCUCGCCGGCGCCGUCUACUACGGUCUCAUGUACUACUCCGACGCCCGAAACACCGUCUACCCACUCAUCCUGCUCUGCGUCGGCAUUACAGUGAUAAUGUACAUCAUCCCUAUGACAACACCCAACGUCGGCGCGCGGUACUUCGCAAUGAUGAUCCUCCCCUUCGCCUCCGUCGGUCCACAACUGCUCUUAUACAAGACGAUAAAUCUGCACCUUGCGCGUCCGGUGAGCAAACGCGCGGCUGCAUCGGCGCUGGUAAAUGCAAUCGGGGGCACGGCGAAUAUCUGGGCGUCGUAUUUGUAUUUUGGGCCGCCGAGGUUUUUUGCGGCGUUUGGGACGCUUAUGGGUGCUGCGGUGCUUCUUGGGAUUACGGUUACCGGGUAUAGAUGGCUGGUGAGGAGGGAGAAUCGGAGGCUGGAUAGUGGGGUGCUUGAGGAGAUUGAGAAGGUGAAGAGGGGGGGUGUUACGGGCGAGAUGGUGGCUUUGGGGUGGAGGUAUGAGAUGUAUUAA